CUAGAUCAAGUCUUGAGUGAUUACAGAAAUUCGGUGCGGUUAACACGUUCGGUUCGGUGAUCAGACUCCUCCAUUGAAUUCACAAGGAAUCUGAUUAAGGAAAUUAUAUAAAAAAUUAAACUAAAUCAAAACUUUAUCCAGUGUAAUUUCGUGCCGGAUUGAAACACAAAAUCUACCAAAAAAAUGGGUGAACAAGAGUACGACAAAGAACAACUGCGAAUUCUAAGAAACGCCUUCAAAGCAUUUGAUCAAGAUAAUGAAGGUUUCAUUGACACUUCAAAUGUCACAACUAUUUUGGAAAUGUUGGGACAAAAGUUGGAAGAUAAAGUUAUUAAAAAUCUCAUCGCUGAACAAGACAAAUCCAAAACUGGCAAAUUAAAUUUUAGUCAAUUUUGUGCACUGGCGGCUCGAUUUGUUGAAGUUGAAGAAGAUGCAGAAGCAGUUGCCAGAGAACUUAAAGAAGCCUUCAGAGUUUACGACAAAGAGGGUAAAGGUUAUCUAACUGUUAAAGUACUUCGUGACAUUCUGCAUGAAUUGGAUGAUAAACUGUCAAACAGUGAAUUGGAUAUGAUUAUUGAAGAAAUUGAUGCUGAUGGCUCUGGCACUGUGGAUUUUGAUGAAUUCAUGACUGUCAUGCAAGGCUAAGCAAACUUAACAAAAAAUAGUACAAAGAGACUAAAUAAGGGCCAUCGUAAGAGACGGAUAUUUAAAUAAAAAAAAAUUAAAAUGUUGUUUCGAAACUCCAAUUUCUAACAUAUUGAUGAUGAUAAAAAUAAUGAAAGGGUAAUUAUUUAUCAUUUCAUUAAAGUGAAUUAAUAUUUUAAAAACGCAAUUGUAUUAAGAUAAAAUAAAAUUUAAUGAAAAUACAAAAAA